CUUUAAUAAAAUCCCACCAAUUUUCAAUCAAAAACAAGCUGCAAAUCCAAUGGCUUUCGCCAAGAAAUCAUCGUUCUUCCUACUACUAGCUUCCCUUGCCAUGAUCCAAACAUCCAUGGCCGGAGAUCCCGACAUCCUCACGGACUUCAUCGUCCCACCAAACUCACCACCACCUGACGGAAACUUCUUCACGUUCACCGGCAUGAGGUCCCUCGUCUCAGCCCCCAUUCCCCCUACGUUCAAGGUAGUUAAGGCAACAUUGGACCAGUUCCCUGCCCUAAACGGACAGAGUGUAUCCUAUGCCGUCCUGAUAUACCCUGCAGGGUCGGUGAACCCGGUCCACACCCACCCCCGUUCCGCUGAGCUACUGUUCCUAGCUCAGGGCUCAUUGGAAGUGGGAUUUGUGGACACAACAAACAAGCUUUACACUCAGAAACUCCAACCAGGAGACAUUUUCGUUUUUCCUAAGGGGCUGCUGCACUUUCAGUACAAUGCGGAUGCCAAGGCUCCUGCUCUGGCCAUCUCGGCCUUCGGUAGUGCCAACGCUGGAACGGUUUCGUUGCCGAAUACGCUGUUCAAUUCCACCAUUGAUGAUAGUGUGUUGGCCCUGUCUUUCAAGACUGAUGUUGCCACUAUCCAGAAGCUGAAAGCUGGGCUUAAGGGCUAGUAGCAAUCCAAGUGAAUGUUUCAUGUUUAUCAUUGUUCGGGAAGCAUGUUGUUUUGCUAUGGUUUAGGCUCUGCAUGAAAUAAUUGUCCUUAUUUUGGAGGAAUUCAUUCCUUUUGAAAAAUAACUAAAAUGAGUCCUAAGUUGAGGUGAA